UCCCCUCCCCUCGCCGCAGAAGAAAGAGCGCAUCCUCGAAGCUAAUCACUUUUUCAUACCAGCUUCAGCAUCCUCCUCCUCUUCCUCCUCCUCAUCUUCAUCUUGCUCUGAGAAGAGGAAAGCCGAGAACGCGUCUUCUUCGGGCUUUUUUUUUUUUGGUCGACUCAGCGUGCUCUACAGGACGGAUAUGUUGUGCGUCGCGGUCCCGCCGCUGGUGCUGGUGCUGCUCGGCUGCAGCCUCCAGGCCUCGGCUGCCUCCACCGCCGCUGCCACAACCGCGAAGGAGGCGGAAAAAACGGGCAAUUUCAUGGAAGAUGAGCAGUGGCUGUCCACCAUUUCCCAGUACAGCCGCAAGAUCAAGCACUGGAACCGCUUCAGAGACGAAGUGGAGGAUGAUUAUGUGCGCAACUGGGAUGAGAAUCAAGGCUCCAGUGACAACGUGGACACCACCAAGGACCCUUGUCAAAAGGUUAAGUGCAGCAGGCACAAGGUUUGUAUCGCCCAGGGCUACCAGAGAGCUGUGUGCAUCAACCGCAAGAAGCUUGAGCACAGACUCAAGCAGCCUGCUCUCAGGUCUUCUGAUGGCAAUUGUCAACCAUGUCCAAUCUCCUCUACCGGUCCUGUGUGUGGAUCUGACGGACACAACUACGCCUCAAGGUGCAAGCUGGAGCAGCAGGCGUGUCUCACGGGGAAAGAGCUGACCCCUAAGUGCUCGGGCCUCUGUCCGUGUUCGACGCCCGCUCCCGCCGCCAAGCAGGAGGGUAAACGCGAGAGUUGUACCGGGCAAGAUUUGGCUGAUCUUGGUGAGCGUCUUCGGGACUGGUUUCAGCUCCUUCAGAAUAAUGCCAAGCAGAACAAUAAUAGCAAGCCCGGGACCAAAAACAUCGCAGCCAACGCUGCAUCAGUGUUGGACAGGAGCCUGGUGGCCAGCUGUAAGGACUCGGUAGGUUGGAUGUUCUCCAAGCUGGACACCAACGGCGACCUGUACCUGGAUCAGGCCGAGCUGGCCGCCAUCAACCUGGACAAGUACGAGAUCUGCAUCCGUCCCUUCUUUAACUCAUGUGACUCCUACAAGGACGGCAAGGUGUCCACGGCCGAGUGGUGCCUGUGCUUCUGGAGAGAGAAGCCACCCUGCCUGGCCGAGCUGGAGAGGAUCCAAGUCUUAGAUGGCGGCAAAAGAAAGUUUGGUCGCUUCAUCCCAAACUGUGAUGAAGACGGCUUCUACAGGAAGCUGCAGUGUGACAGCGGAGAAUGCUGGUGUGUGGACCAGUACGGCGGCGAAGUAGCUGGGUCAAGGAUUCAUGGAAAACCAGAUUGCGACGAAGAAGCAGCGUAUUCGGGCGACUUUGGUAGCAGCGUGGGCUGGGAGGACGAGGAAGAGAAAGGCGGCGAGGAGACCGCAGAGGAGGCCGAGGAAGAAGAGAGCGAGGCGGGAGAGGCGGAUGACGAGGGGUACAUCUGGUAAAGGGUCGAGCGUUUGUCCUUGCCGCCUCUCUUUUUCCAACGCCAUCUCCAAGUUCCAAAAACACACAAACAACGGAGGAGACGCCCAGGGUAUAUGUUGAAAGGGGAACAUAUCACUAGAAGUAAUCGUGGGGUGUGCAGUCAAAAAGCUUGUCCCUCAUAUUUGUGAAUCUUCGUUCUAUUCUCUUGUACGUACGUUUAAUUUCUAGCAGAUUUUGAGCAGCUUUCCGGUAGUUUAAAAUGGCCGACCAUUUCUUGUUGCUUUCAUUAGACUAGAAACAUUUUGUCUUGUUUUUAUUUUUUUUAAGUGGCAACUAUAGAGAGGAUAUUGACUUUACCGUCCUCAUCUCAUUGCGCUUCAGCUCCAAUGUGAGAGUAGUGCUGUCUCAUUCCUAGUGCGUCACUCCGCAGCUUGUAAAUAACGUCAAGUCACAUUGUGUACCAGAAGAGAGGUCGCCGCCGAGGGCUCCUCUUUUCUUCGGCGACAAGUGUACAUUGUAUCGUCGUGUGGGUCAGUUGUUGUGUUUAUUAAAAAAGGAAAUGAUAAGCAUUCAAUAAACGUGAGUGUGUGUGGCCCCAGCUGGCCGCCGUA